AUGAAACAAAUAAAACGGCAACAAGAUGAUAUGAUCGUUCAGAAGUCAAAUAAUAAUAAAAAACAAAAAUUACAAAAUGAAAUACCAAUAAACAGAUAUUGUUUUGAAGAUUUAGCAAAUGAAAUUCUUUUUGAAAUAUUUGAUUAUCUUGAUAUGUAUCAUAUUUACAAAGGAUUUUUUAAUCUUAAUGAACGUUUUAAAACUUUAGUUAUUAAUAUAAAUUCUCUAAUUAAAAUAAAUAUUUCAACAAUGUCAAAAUCAAAUUUCGAAGAUUAUUAUAAAAAUAUUCUCUUACCAAAUAAACAUCGAAUUAAUUUAAUUCGUUCAUCGAAUCUAUUUAUUGUUAAUAUUAUCUUUUCACAACCACGUAUGAUUUUAAAAUUUAUUCGUCUUGAAAUAUUAAUUCUUGACAAUAUAAAUCUUAAAUAUUUUAAUAAAAUUGUUGAAUAUUUAAAUUGUUUACCUAAAUUUCAUUCAUUAACUAUAUCAAUUGGUGAUUAUAUUCAAUCAUUAUAUCUUCUAUUUAUGAAUAUAUUUCGUUUAUCAAAAUUAAUAUAUUGUAAAAUUAAAUAUAAAAUAAAAAGCGAUCAACAAUUCUUAUCUGUUUAUUUAACAAAAUAUGAUCGUAGUCCUCUGAAAUAUUUUAUAAUUGAUGGUCGUUUUCCAUUUAAUUCAUUGAAUAAUUUAUUAUGUUGUCUUCCUCAAAUUCGACAUUUAUCAAUUAAUUCACUUGUUAAAUUUCAUUAUUCUCAAAUGAAUGAAUUAUCUUCUAUUCAAUUAAAAUAUUUAAAAUAUAUUUCUCUUAAAUUUGAUUAUAUUAAUUUUGAUAAAGUUGAAAAAAUAAUAAAAGAUUUUUUUUAUUAUGUUCAAAUUUUACGUCUUACAACAUUUUAUGAUGAAUCAUAUUUAAAUGCUAAACAUUGGGAAAAAUUAAUAUCAUCUUAUAUGCCAUAUUUACGUAUUUUUGAUAUUAAUCAUGAAGGUUCUAUACGAAAUAAUGAUUUAACAUAUCAUGAUGUAAUCAAUCAAUUUAAUUCUUCAUUUUGGAUUGAAAAAAAAUAUUUUUUUUCACAUCAACAUAAUUGGCAAGAAAAAUUAGAUACUGGCAUUUUUUAUUCAACAAAUCCAUAUCGAAGAAAAGAUUAUAGAUUUUAUUGGGAAUUGGAUAAAGAAAUUUGUUUACAUAAUCAAAAUGUAAAUUUAAAUUCUGUUAAACAUAUUUAUAUUUAUAGUAAAAAAGCAACAAUUAAAUGUGUAAAUUAUUUUCCAAAUGUUACUCAAUUAACUAUUAAACAUCAUUUUAAAACACCAGAUGAUUCAAUUACAACAACUCUUAAUCGUAUGAUUCCUUUAAAACAACUUACGAAAUUAAUUAUUGAAACACAUGAUUUUCCUUUUGAUGAUAUUCUUAAAUUAUUAUGUUUUACAUCUAAUUUAUAUAUAUUAAAAGUGAAUUUAUCAUCUAUUAAUGAAAUUGAUCCAAAUUUAGUUAUGAAAAAUGAAAUUUUUCAAUAUUUAUCAAAAACAAAUAAAAUAAAAUACCUAGAACUUUGUGAUGGCUGUUCAUUACAUAAAAUUCAAUUAAUUGUUAAUUUAUUUUCACAAUUAGAAUAUCUUAAAACUCGAGUAGAUAGAAAAGAAAUUGAACAAAUAGAUGAUAUUCCUGAGGCGCCUUCUACUACGACAACUACUAAGGAUGAUACUAAUAAAAGGAUAGUUGAACCAGACAAUACAACAAAAAAAUCUUCAAAACGAAAGUUAAAACGUUCAAAAUCUGAAUCGACACAUAAUCGUAAAUCACGUAUAAAAACAAACAAUAACCCUGAUUCAUCACCAACAAUCAAUAAUAAUGAAACGACUACUAAAUCUACUCGUCGACGAUUUUUUUUACGUAAAAUAAAAAAAAAAACAAGUCAAAUAAAUGAAAUCAAUAACAAUGAUUCAUUAGAACAAGAACCAAAUGAAAUAAUCAAUGAAACAACUCGAAAAUUAUCACGAAAAUCUCAAAGUUUUGAUGAACAUUUACGUUCAUUGCCUCCUCCACCUAAUUAUGAAGAAUCUACUAUACAUGACAUAACAUCAUUACCAAUGGUAACAUGGAAACCUGAUAACGAAUUAUAUUCAGCAAAAACUACAUUAGAUUUUCCAACCAGUACUGAUGUUGAAACUGAUGAUGAUGAUGAAUUAUAUGAAGAUGAACAAAUGAGUGUGCCAUUACUUGUUACUGUUUUUGUCAUUCCGCUUUAUUUAACACUUGGCGCUAUAUUAUUUAAUAUUUGGGAACAUUGGGGUUUUCUUAAUUCAUUUUAUUUUUGUUUUACAACAUUAACAACAAUUGGCUUUGGAGAUUAUGUACCUGGUGCAUCAAUAACUGUUUUCGCAGCAAAAGAAAAACUUAUAUCUGCGUCAUUGUAUAUUUUACUUGGUCUUGUACUUAUUGCAAUGUGUUUUAAUUUAAUGAAAGAACAAUUAAGUCAAAAAGUUAAACAAAUUGCUAGUAAAUGGGGAAUUUUGCAAAUUUAG